GGGGAGCAGGAGGCAGAAAAAGAAGACGUGAGGAAGAGGAGGAAGCAAGAGAAAGAGGGCAGCUGCCCGGGGAGGGGAGCAGGAGAAAGGAGGCAGAAGCGAAGGACAGAAACAGUGCUGAGUCAAAACAGGAAGACCAAGGAGUAGACAAACUACAAAAUGACACUGCUCCUGUGGCUGUCAUCUUGGAGCAACAUCUCUGUACUGGGAGUUUUUCUUACUGUCUUUACCAUACUUGUUGAUUUCAUGAAGCGCAGAAAGAAGUGGAGCCGUUACCCCCCAGGCCCAAUGCCACUGCCGUUUGUUGGGACCAUGCCAUACGUUAAUUACUACAACCCGCAUCUCUCCUUCGAGAAGUUUCGCAAGAAGUUUGGAAACAUUUUCAGUCUCCAGAACUGCUGGACCAAUGUGGUAGUGCUGAAUGGGUACAAAACUGUGAAGGAAGCCCUGGUCAACAAAUCAGAGGACUUUGCUGACCGGCCAUACAUGCCAGUAUAUGAACAUCUGGGCUAUGGACAUAAAUCUGAAGGGCUUGUUUUGGCAAGAUAUGGACAUCUCUGGAAAGAGCUAAGGAAAUUCACGCUCACUACCCUGAGGAAUUUUGGGAUGGGAAAGAAGUCCUUGGAAGAGCGAGUGACUGAGGAAGCAGGAUUUUUGUGCUCUGCAAUCAGUUCUGAAGGAGGUCAUCCUUUUGAUCCACGUUUUCUUGUAAAUAAUGCAGUCUGCAAUGUGAUCUGCACCAUUACCUAUGGAGAGCGUUUCGACUAUGGAGACAAGACAUUCAAGAAGCUGUUAACUUUGUUUGAAAACUCUCUAAAUGAAGAAGCUGGAUUCCUGCCUCAGCUUCUUAAUGUGGCACCUGUUUUGUUGCGCAUCCCUGGACUGCCACAGAAGAUCUUUCCGUGCCAAAAGGCAUACGUAGACUUCACACAAAUGCUCAUAGAUAAGCACAAGGAGACCUGGAACCCUGCUUACAUCCGAGACUUCACUGAUGCAUUUUUAAAGGAAAUGGCAAAGGGUAAGGAGGCUGAAGAGAAUGGUUUCAAUAAAAGCAACCUUACUCUGGUGACCGCAGACUUACUUGUAGCUGGUUCUGAGACCACCGCCACCACCCUCCGAUGGGCGUUCCUGUUCAUGCUUUUGUACCCAGAAAUACAAAGUAAAGUCCACAAAGAGAUUGAUAAGGUGAUUGGAAGAAACCGACCGCCCACCAUGGCAGACCAAGUGAACAUGCCCUACACCAAUGCCGUCAUCCAUGAAGUACAACGCUUUGGGGACGUUGUUCCUAUGGGACUACCUCACAUGACAUACCGGGACACUGAGCUUCAAGGUUUCUUCAUUCCCAAAGGGACGACAAUCAUCACCAACUUGACUUCAGUACUUAAGGAUGAGACGGCCUGGAAGAAGCCAAAUGAAUUUUACCCUGAACACUUUCUGAAUGAGAAUGGGCAAUUUGUGAGACCAGAGGCCUUCUUGCCCUUCUCUGCAGGUCGACGUGCCUGCCUGGGGGAACAGCUGACCAGGAUGGAGCUUUUCAUCUUCUUCACCACUCUCAUGCAGAAGUUCACCUUUGUGUUCCCUGAAGAUCAGCCCAGGCCACGAGAGGACAGUCACUUUGCUUUUACAAACAGUCCACACCCAUACCAGUUGCGAGCUGUUCCAAGAUAAGUGUGCUCAGCUUCACUCAGAAACCACCAACAGUCAGAAAUGUUGCAGAGCUAUGCAGAUCAUGCCAGGUUCUAGACAUCCCAAGUCUGUGCAGAUGUCCCCAGCUGUUUAAAGUAAGGAUGUGGCUCAGUAUCCUUAGCUUAGCUUAAUUUCAGUUUUAGUCCUGAGUUCCUGCGUAUUGAAACACAAAGAGUAUCCAUGGUAAGAGAUAACGUACUGAUUCUAAGAGCAAAAAACCUUGGAAAAAACUGUAAAGUGCUGCUGGGCACCUCCCUUCCCUGCUGGCCACUCUCUGCCCCUGGUGCUCUGCCUCUGCCUGCCCUCCAGGUGCCCAGGAGGGCUCUGGCUUGAUUCCUGCAAAAACAAGGCUCAGAAUGUCAAGUGAUUUGGCAUGUGCUGGUGGUGGGCAGGGUGAGAGCUUAAGCACUUACAAAGUCACAUUUCCUGCCGGGACUACGCAUGGCUUCAGAGUAGUGCUCCUGACCAUGCAAUAAACACAGACUCCAUGCAUUACUUCAUGUUUACUGCUUACUGCAGUUUAUUGCAUACAUACUGCAUUGCCUUCAUUUACUAAAGAAAGUAAAAUGCCUGCCUACUAGGACUCCGGCAGGAGCAACUACCAAGGAGUACCCAAAUAAUCAAUAUGACGUUUCAGCUCCAGAAGCAGGUAGUUUCUGAAAUACAUAAAUUCCCACAAAUGUAUUUCAAGAGGAAUUCUGGAGCUUCCAUUACUAUCCCCUAUCCAGUUAGCUUGCCAAAAUGGCUUUUUUCAGCAUUACCCAAGAUCAGGGAAAGUUUGAAACUCAUACAGUUACACCACUCGAAUGAGGGAGCUGCAGGUGUCACGAGUGGCUUUCUUUUUCUUCCUGCAACGUUGCUGACCAGUGGUUUUGCAAGGUGUUAAUGCUGUUGUUCAUGCUGGUAGAAAAUAUAGCACGAAUGCAUAAUCGCAACAAAGAAGCCUCUGAAACAGUGCUUGCAUGCAUACAUUUCUUUCUCAUACUAAUUUUGGGACCUACGAAAGCUACAUUAUGUAUAUGACUACCUAUACUACUGUUAAGAUUUCAGCUUCAGUGGAACUGCACACUGAUGUUUUUCAGCUGCAAAAUAAAAGCGAUCUGGAAGGGCUGUCCCGCCA